AUGGAACUUCUUGAGGAAACAUUCACCAAUUCUGCAGAGAGAUUGGACAAGCCAUCCCAGUAUCUUAUUCGUAAGGCAAUUAGGAGGGCAAACUUCGAUAACAUCACAAAAUCGUUGCAUCUGAAGACAGUCUAUGUUGGAAAUCUAACACAUUUCACAACUGAGGAACAAAUCCAUGAAUUAUUCUCCAAGUGUGGCACCAUCGAUAGAAUUAUCAUGGGUCUAGACAGAAAUAAAUUAACCCCAUGUGGGUUCUGUUUUGUGAUUUACAAAAAGGAGGAAGGUUCUUUAAAUGCCAUGAAGUUUCUAAAGGGCACGUACUUGGACGGACAGAGCAUAGAAAUCGACUUGGACCCGGGUUUCAGAGAAGGAAGACAAUUUGGAAGAGGAGUUUAUGGUGGUCAGGCCAGUCAGGAGCAGAUGGAAGCUAAUGGGUACGGCCGAAGAGAGCGAGGAGGAUUCAGAGGUGGCUUUCGUGGAGGCAGAGGCAGAGGCAGAGGCAGAGGACCUAGAGGCGGAUUCAGGGGUCGUGGUGGGUUCCGGGGAGGAUUCAGGGAUACUUUCACACCUGGAGAUAGGCAACAAUAA